AUAUUGUUCCCUCAUAGUGGGAAUCCGGAUGGCCAGGAUACAUGCGUCUAGGUGACCGUCGCCCUUCAACUAACAACAACACAAGGUGUAUGUGUGUGUGUGGGUGCUACUCUGCCUCUCGCCCUCCUCCUUACAGAUGACAUCAUGAGUUCUGGAUCAUCUUGGUCAGGACCUGGGGGUCUUAAUGGUCCACAAUGGCCAUAUUCAGGACCUGGAAAUUGUCCAUCUCCACAGUGGGAAAUGUCAGCAUCAUCUGGAUGCCCACCAUAUCAUUUUAACCAGGCACCACCACCUGUUAUGAAUGCUCCACAUCAGAGUUGGACUUGCACACAAGGCCCUACCCAGUCAAUUGUCCCUUCACAAGUAUUACCAGAAGCUCCACUUCCAGACCCCUUCAAUUUUCAUCCAGCAAAUCUGCCCCAUAACCAGUAUCCUCCUCCUCAGCAUGGUCCUCCUCAGCAUGGUCCUCCUCAGUGUCCACCUCCUAAUUCUCAUUUUACAGUUCCACCAAGACCAUUCAUAGGACCAAAUGGGCCACCCCCUAUUGCAUCCAGUGGACCUAUAGGACCACCACCUGUUCUUCCAUUUCCACCACCUGGACCUUCUCCUGGACCACCCUCGUGUCCACCACCUGGUCUAAACUACAGUGGCACCUCAUGUUAUAAUUGGGGUCCAUCACUGUCAACAACCCAGCUACCUCAGCCUGGUGUACCACCCCCAGGACCCACAAGAGGUGUUGGCUCAGAUAUACAUCAGCAAUCAUGGCCAGGCUCAAGUUGGGAUGAUGAUAGAGCCAUAACUCAUAGAUCACUCGCCGAAGAGCAUUCUUCUAGAUCUGGCUUAGAUAGAGGUUUGACAUCAACAAUAAGUAACUACAGGGACAGUGGUCAUGGGAGAGAACGUAACCCACCUUCUCGGGGUCAGGAGCGAUCGUGCCAUUCUUCAUCAAGAUUAUAUGAAAGGGACAGAGGAAGCUUAGAUCCUAGGUAUAAAGAUGAUCGUGGUUAUCCUGAUGAUGGGUGGAGAGAAAGGAGUAGCAGUCAUGGGAAACCCUCAAGGAGUCCCUCAGAUUAUUCUCCCAGAAGAAGGGAGUCCAGGAGAUGCUCUCCACCUCGCAGAUCAUCAAAGGAUUGUCAUGAUAGAUUUGAAGGAGACCGAGGAAGUAUGGAGUCAAGGUUUAAAGAUCAUGUCCACCCUGACAAAUAUUCUGGUGAUGGGUGGCGAGAGAGAAGCCAUUCUCGUAGGAAAUAUUCCAGGAGUCCUCCAGAUUUUACAUCGAGAAGAGGGGAGCCUCGGCAGUACUCGCCACAGCACAGACCAAUAAAGGACUCUCGUGAUAGAUAUAAUCGUGAUCGAAGCUGUAAAGAUCCUAGAAGUCCUGCUAGACCUUCAAGUUCCUCACAGACACGGUCUCCUGAAAGGAAAAGGUGGCAUGGUUCAAGAAGCCCAGAUCGUCACCGUUCCAGAAGCCCUGAGCGCGUGGGUAUCGGGAAAAAACGAGAAAAAGGCUUGCUUGAUAAUAAGGAGAAGCAGGAACCAAAAAAACUUCAAGUUUUGAUAGAGGAAGAACAACAGGAAUUGGCUGGUGAGGAAGCAGCAGAAGAUGAAGAAGUAAAACCAGCAUGGAUACGAUCAGCUCCAGCCGACCUUUAUUACCAGCGAGAUGAUAAAAACCCUCUAGUCAUGCGAGCAACAAAAAAAUUAAUGUUAUUAUGUGAAAAUAUGGAAGAUAAAUUAACAAAGAGAGGCAUUAGGAUUAGAGAAGACAAAAAGAAGCAGAGAGCAGAAAAAGAGCGUGCACAGCAACAGCAGCAAUCUGUGGCUUCCAGAAUUAGUUGCAUCAAUGUAACGACUGACGUUAAUACAGAUGAAGUAAUUGCAGUUGAAGCAGUAGAUGAGACUAUUGAAAAUGAUUCUAAAAUCAAUGACAGUAAAGAAGAGAGUGAAGUGCAGAAGAGCAGCUGUGAGAGAGAUGAUAAAGAAGCUAGUGUGCAGUGUGAUGGCGAGUCAGAACUGUGUUCGGAGAAAAGGGAGGAAGAUGGAGGGCUCGCCAACCAUAAUGAAGAGAUGCAUAGUGAAAGCACAUGUGAUAAAGGGCCAUUAGAGACAGCGACUGAGUGCACACGCAAACAUAAGCACAAGAAGAAGUACAAGUUGAAUGGUCAGUGUAGCAAUACAGAAAAUUGUGACAGUAGCAGCAGCAGCAAUGGUAGUGAUAGCAACAGUAGCUCAAGUAGCGACGAGGAUGAGGAGGACGAAAUAGACAGAAUUUCCAAAGAACUUGAGAAGAAACGUAGCCAUCCAGACCGUUUACACCCGGAGUUAUGGUUCAAUGAUCCUGGAGAGAUGAAUGAUGGGCCUUUGUGUCGGUGCUCCUUAAAGGCUCAGCGAUCUGGAAUUCGUCAUGGAUAUUAUGUUGGUGAAGGUCAUUUACCUCUGUGUGAUGCUUGGACUAAUAAUGCAGAUCAUCUUCACCAUUAUCUGAUCACUAUAUCUCCACCAACAAACUUCCUAAUUAAGACUCCAACUGUGAUUUUGCAUGAUGGCCACGAGUUCAUUUUUGAAGGAUUUUCCUUACUGUCACAUCACCCACUAGAAGAGGUGCCAACAUGCAGGGUUAUUCGCUUCAAUAUUGAAUACACCAUUCUAUAUAUACAAGAAAAAAUUCCUGACAACUUUUGUAUCCAGGAACUUAAUAUAUUCUAUUCAUAUCUAUUCCUUGAACUCUUGGAACUUGUUGACUUAAAUCUCAAUGCCAUGGGUGAUGCAGAUGGUUGCCCAAGAUUCCAUUUUAUGCCGAGAUUUGUGAGAAAACUUGAAGAUAAUGGCAAGGAAAUUUUAUCAAUGAACGAAGUAUUGAGCUUCCUUUUAAAGAGUAGUGGUCCUUUGAUACAACCUGAAGACUUAGCACAACUUCUUAGCAUGUCUCAAUACCAGUGGCAGAAUUAUGCAGAUAAUCUUAAAGGUAUGGUAGUGACAAGUCCAGGCAUGAAGCCCUGCAGCAUUCGAGUGGAUCAAUUGGAUCGUGACCAAGUUAGCGAAGAAACUAUUAAUUAUCCUGUUAUUGUCCACUUUGGCAUCCGUCCCCCUCAGUUGUCAUAUGCCGGUAAUCCAGAGUAUCAAAAAGCGUGGAGAGAGUACGUCAAGUUUCGGCACUUGCUAGCUAACAUGCCGAAGCCAUCAUUUGAGGACAAAAGACGACUAGAAGCAAAAGAAAACAGAUUACAAGAGAUGCGAAUGACAUCCAAAAUGAAGAGAGAUGUGACCAUCGCUGUCUCUUCUCAAGGGUUUUACCGAACAGGGAUAAUGUGUGAUGUUGUUCAGCAUGCCAUGUUGCUACCCGUUCUGGUAUGUCACUUGAGAUUCCAUCAGUCUCUUGAAGUGCUGGAAGAACGCAUUCGCUAUAAAUUUCAAACUAGGUUCCUACUGCAGCUGGCUCUUACUCACCCAUCAUACAGGGAAAACUUUGGAACUAAUCCAGACCAUGCCAGGAAUUCCCUCACAAAUUGUGGCAUUCGUCAGCCAGAAUAUGGAGAUAGGCGAAUUCACUACAUGAAUACUCGUAAAAGAGGCAUUAACACACUCAUAAACAUCAUGUCAAGAUUUGGCCGAAACCUUGAGACGGAGAGCAAAAUCACACACAAUGAACGCUUGGAAUUCCUUGGAGAUGCAGUUGUAGAGUUUCUGACCUCGAUUCAUCUCUUCCACUUAUUCCCUAGUCUGGAAGAAGGUGGAUUAGCAACAUACAGGGCAGCCAUUGUGCAGAAUCAGCAUCUGGCAGUGUUGGCAGAGAAGCUGGGCUUGGAUCAGUUUAUGCUGUAUGCACAUGGUUCUGACCUCUGUCAUGACUUCGAGCUCCGACAUGCUAUGGCUAACUGCUUUGAAGCCCUGAUGGGUGCAAUCUUCUUGGACUCUGAUAUUGAGGAGGCAGACAAAGUAUUAAGCUCUACACUAUUUAAAGAUGAAGAUGUACUGCACAGCAUCUGGGUUAACUAUCCACCUCAUCCCAUUCAAGAACAAGAGCCAGAAGGUGAUCGCAAGUGGAUUAAGGCUUUUCCAAUCCUCACUAAACUUGUCAAGUUUGAAGAGUCCAUAGGUGUGCAGUUCAAACAUAUUCGACUGUUGGCUCGUGCCUUCACGGACCGAAGCAUUGGAUUCAAUAACCUUACCUUGGGAUCUAAUCAAAGAUUGGAAUUCCUUGGUGAUACUGUUCUGCAACUUGUAUCAUCAGAGUAUCUCUACAGAUAUUUUCCAGAGCAUCAUGAAGGUCAUCUGUCGUUGCUGAGGUCAUCAUUGGUCAAUAACCGCACUCAGGCUGUUGUUUGUGAUGACCUUGGAAUGACAACUUAUGCAAUGUACUCGCAUUUGAAAACGGAACUCAAGACUAAGGAUCGUGCAGAUCUGCUAGAAGCAUUUUUAGGGGCCCUCUAUAUUGAUAGGGGCUUGGAGCAUUGUCGCACAUUCUGCCAGGUAUGCUUUUUUCCACGUCUUCACCAGUUUAUUAUGAACCAAGACUGGAAUGAUCCCAAAAGCAAGUUGCAACAGUGUUGCCUUACACUCCGUACCAUGGAUGGUGGCGAGCCUGACAUUCCCAUAUACAAGGUAAUUGAGUGCAAGGGCCCUACAAAUACUAGAGUAUACACCGUUGCAGUUUACUUUCGUGGUCGCCGUCUAGCCAAAGCGUCUGGGCAUUCCAUACAGCAAGCAGAGAUGAAUGCUGCCCGUGAGGCACUCAUGAACUCAAAAGAAUUGUUCCCACAGCUGGAUCACCAACGCAGAGUAAUUGAAAAAAGUGUCAAGAUUCAAGGUGUAAACAAAUCUGAAUCGCCUUAUAAUGAAAGAGACUAUAAUAAAGACAAGGACCGAGAAAGAGAAAGAAAUAGAGGAUCUCGAAAAGAUGAUGAAAGACGAGGAGAGAGGGAGAGACCCAGAGAAAGGGAAAAACUUGUGGAAGAUAGAGAAUUAGAGAGAAGCAGGAGCAGUGAAAGAAACAGGACAGUGCGAGAGAAAGAUUCGUCCAAUGUAGAUAGGAAUAAACAGGUCAAAGGAUGGGAGAAAGAUAAAUUAGGUAGUGAUAGAGAAAAAUUUGCAGGUGAAAAGGAACGAUUUAUUGGAGAAAAGAGCAAGUCAAACGUAGACAGAGAGAGAGUUGGAGACUCUAAACGCUAUAAGCUGGAUGGAGAUGAAGAAAGAAGAUAUAAAUUGGAGGCAGAUAAGGUGUAUAAUAACAAAUUUCCAUUGAAUGAUCAAAAGUCCAGAGGGCAUGUAAAGUAUCCUUCAAGAGAAGGGGAAGAGAUGGAUAGACAUAGAGAUAAGUAUAAAGGAUAUAAUAAAAAUCGCUAUAAUUAACGUACGAAUUUGGCAUCGAAUUUGAAGGGCAGUCACAGUCCUAGAAUUGAUUAUAGCAGAAAACAUAGUUGGUCAGCUAGAUAAAUAUCGAUUUAAACAGCUCAUAAAAGUAGUUACUUACAUUAAAGUUAUAAUUAAAGCAGAGCAAAUAUUAUCUUUUAUAUAAUGCAAAACUUAAAUAUUUUUAAUGUUGCCCAUUUUCUAUUAACUAUGAAUUGAGAAAUACUUUUAAUAACCUUAUUAAUUACACACAGGGGGCCUGUGGCUGAGUGGACAGUGCUCUGUACUCAUAAUCCUAGGGGGUCCGUGUUCAAUCCCUGGCAAUGGCAGAAACAAAUGGGCAGUUUUUCAGUAAAUAGGUACCUGGUAGUUAGACGGCUGUUAUGAGCUGCUUCCUGGGGUACGGGGGGGGGGGGGGGGAAUGAUGGAUUGACAGUUGAGAGGUGGGCCAGAAAGAGCAGAGCUCAACCCCUGCAAGUACAACUAGGUGAAUACUUGUACAUUGAACUUUAAAAUUUGUAUUUUAAACAAAAGCCAUAAUUUUUUGUCCCUAGCAAUGACAAUUGGCUGUGCAUUGAGCAUGUAAAUGAACAGUAUUUAUCAAUCGACCCAAUUUCAGGGAGGGCUGCCUCACUAGUUACCCAAGCUGAGUGCUGGUGCAGUCAGAUGCUUCAGAUGCAUCUUAGAUGCUUCAUCCUCCAAGACCCAUCCUUGCCUACUGGCAGUCAGGACCAAAAUUUAGUUUUCUCCAAGAUGAGAGCUUGGGGGAAUCGGAGAUUGAUCCAAACCCAAGAAACGCCCACUAGGCUUCAUAAGUACAACAAUAGGAGCCAUUGCUUAAAGAAAAUUUGCUACCCAAGGGUAGCAAAACCAAUAAUCAUUGUGGGGUAAACACCCUAACUGAUGUUUCCAACUGCCACCAAAUGACAACCCACCCAGGACUCCAGCCAGCUUACUCAGUUCUGUUCCCUUUGUUAGUCAGAUUGUGAGAGGUGGAGCCGGCUGGUUGGUAUCACAGAUAUGGAUUCUUGGCUGCAUCGUGGUUUGCCUUGUCACCCCUGGGUACCAAAUUUUCUUAAAACCAUUGCUCAUUUUAUUGUAAUUCUUUCUGAUUUCUCAUUUUUGGGUUGAUUUCUUGCCUUGGUGUGCCAGAUUCUGGUCUUGGUUUUAGGCGAGAGUGGAGUCUCGAGAGGCUUGGUGCAUCUUAGUUAUAACUACACCAGCACUCGGCUUCGGGAGUGACUUGAUUUCAUCUAGCUUACUUCAGAACUAUUGUCACCAGUCUCUGAAAUAAAUCACAGUACAGUAUAUACAGUAUCUGUAUAUACUAACUACCUAUUUGUAGCUAUAGGAAGAGAAUUAUAUGCAUGAUGUCCUUUUUUUAUGAUAAAUUAUUUUAAAAAUU